AUGUUGCACGACGAGCAGCCAGGGUCCCUGGCCUCCCUUGGUUGGCGUCACCAGGUAGCUGAGGUGUCCCUGGCCUCCCUUUUGGAUGCCAAGAAAAUCCUGAAUCUGGGGAUCUUCCUCAAACAGUUUAAGAGGCCAGUGCAAGAUAUCGUGGCGGAUAUCCGUAAUGGAGCAGGCGUCCUUUACGGGCCAGAGAAGCUGCUGGAGCUCUUCAAGAUGCUUCCCGACGUGAAGGAGGUCGAGAAGCUGGAGGCCUUCCAGGGUGACCGGAGUCGCCUCUCGGAGGCUGAGGUCUUUGCUCUGCUCCUCGUCCAAGUGCCCAGCUAUUCCCGUCGCCUGGAGCUCCUGGUGCUGAAGCUGCAGCUGUUCCCCCAGCUUGGUGCCCUGCAGUCGGCCAUCCAGAUCCUGACAGAGGCGGCAUUAGAGUUGCUGGGCUGUGAAGAGCUGCAUGACCUCAUCCGGCUGGUACUGAAGACGGGGAACUACAUGAAUGAGGGAGGCUACGCUGGCUCUGCAUUCGGCUUCCACGUGUCAUCCUUGCUGAGGUUGGCAGACACGAAGGGCAACCAGCCUGGCAUGGAUCUCCUGCAUUUUAUGGCCUUGGAGGCCGAGAGGAAGGACCCCACCCUUCUGCAUUUCCCCCGCAAGCUCCAGCACAUGGCGCCUGCGUCACGGAUCGAUGACCAGGAGGUGGCGGCGGAAUUGGAGAGCUUGGAGCAGCAUGUCUUGCGAGCCCAAGGGGACCUGGAGGGCCUCGGCUUGGAGGCCCAGAUGGGGCCCUUCUUGCACGUGGCAGAGGUGGAGCUGAGGGCGGUGAAAGCUGCCCAGCAGGGCCUCCAUCAGGCUGCAGCCAUGCUUUCCGACUUCCUCUGCGAAGACCCGGAGGCUUUCAGCUUGCCCGAGUGCUGUGGCAUCUUCCACGCCUUUGGGGAGCGUUUCCUCGCUGCCGUGGAGGAGAACCGGGCCCGGGAGGCCGCUGUGCACCGGGAGCAGCAGCGACGGCAGCAGGAGCAGGCGAAACAGAAGCGGCGCUCCAUUGCCACCUGCUCCUUCCGAGACCCUGGGACUAGCAGGGAGGGUGUGCACCAAGGCCCCUCCAUCGAACAAAUCCUCUUGUUAGGCCCCGGAGCCGUGCCUCCUCUGCGGCUGCGGCUGCCCUGUGGAACAGCACCCCCAGAGCCCCGGGUGGCCUGGGCCCUAUUAGCCUUCCCUCCAGCCCUGAAGAACCAGCUGCUCCCCCAGGCAUUUGGCCAGGUAGUCGGUGAGCUCUGCUGGUGA